AACUCAAACAAGCAGUUCUUGCCCCGCGCCUCCGACAACCUUGACAGCCACAAAUUUUGUUCAAUUUUUGACGGCGUCGGAGCCCAAAGUGAAGUCAAUGCGAGCGUAGCUUAGAAAUCUAGAAACACAAAUUAUUCGAGUGCUGGCGAGACGCAAAUGUGUUGUAAAAUUUGAUAGUCAAAUGAAUUCUGCGUAAAUUGUGUAAAGUUUGAGUGUAUUUGUGCCGUCUUCCAGCGUCAGGUUUUAAUGAUAAAAUUUGCCUUUGAGUAAAUGUAAAUGUGUGCGCUGAGCAUAGCCGUGCGUAUGUGUUGGUGCGAGCGUCGAGCAUAAGAAAUCGAGUCGACGACAAGCCGAAGCGAACGCAAACGACGCUUAAUAAAUAUCGCAGCUGAAGCGAACGAGAUAAAAGAGAGAAACGCGCAAAGAAGUCACCAUUUUUACUGCAAGGAAGCUGAAUUAGAGGCGAAAAUGGCCAGUUUCCAAAUACUACACGACCUUAACAACAAGGAAAAUCCGGGGAAAAGUGGUCCGGGUGUCCUGAAGGAGAAGAAUAUGGGUGCCAGCAAGCAGCCGCUGGCCGUGAUCGGAGGCGGCGGUAAGGAGAAAAUUGCACUGGGCCCCCGCACCAAUUUCGCUGUGCUUAAUUCAAACAACAAUAAUGGAAAUGUGCAGCGUGUUCAAGCAGCGCCAUCAGGGAAAGUGCAAUUCUUUCGCGACGUUAAGAACAUCAAUACGGACGAAAACACUGACUACGCUGGCCUGGCCGUGAAGAAAUCGAACGUAGUGCCCGUGGUGGAGCAGUUUAAGACAUUCUCCGUAUAUGAGGACAACAUCGACACUCAGGUGGUGCCGCCUGGCGCUGUCAAGAGUCAGUGCUCUGCCGCUGACAAGGAGAAUCAGCACGACGCCAAGUACAAUGCUGUGUCCAAGGAGUUCUCCAUCCAGCACGAAUAUGACCUCCAGGGCACACCCAUGUCCGUCACCGAUGUCAUGUCGCCCAUGUCUGUGGAUCGUUCUAUUAUCGAGGUCAGCAGCUCCACUGACGACGGCCCGUCCCAGGGCACACAAUUUGGAGCUGUCCCCUGUGUCCAGGCCAAGGAGCUGCCGCCUCGCAACGAUCGCCAGCGAUUCUUCGAGGUGGUGCAGUACCAGAUGGACAUCUUGAAGAACUUCCACGAGAGCGAGAAAAAACGUCGCCCAAAGCGUGAGUACAUGCGCAAGCAAAAGGACAUCAAUUACAAUAUGCGCUCGAUCCUGGUCGAUUGGCUGGUGGAGGUGUCCGAGGAGUAUAAACUGGACACGGAGACCCUCUAUUUAUCGGUCUCCUACCUUGACCGCUUCCUCAGCCAAAUGGCAGUGGUGCGCCCAAAGCUCCAGUUGGUUGGCACUGCGGCCAUGUACAUUGCCUCGAAAUACGAGGAGAUCUAUCCACCAGAUGUGGGUGAGUUUGUCUUCCUCACCGACGACAGCUAUACCAAGUCGCAAGUGUUGCGCAUGGAGCAGGUCAUACUCAAGACGCUCUCCUUCGAUCUGUGCACCCCAACGGCUUAUGUGUUUAUCAACACGUACGCUGUCAUGUGCGACAUGCCCGAGAAGCUGAAGAGUCUGACUCUGUUCCUGUGCGAGCUGGCGCUUAUGCAGGGAGAACCGUACUUGGAGUACUUGCCAUCGCUGACGUCGGCCGCUGCGCUCGCCAUGUCGCGUCACAUACUGGGCAUGGAGAUUUGGACUCCGCAUCUGGAGGAAAUCACUACCUACAAACUAGAGGACUUGAAGACUGUGGUGCUCGAGCUGUGCCAAACGCACAAUACGUCCAAGGAGCUCAACACCCAAGCCAUACGGGAAAAGUACAAUAGGGAAAAGUACAAGAAGGUAGCUUCCAUCGAGACAAUCCAGCUGACUGAGAAAGAUUUUGAUCAGCUCUUGCAGGGCUAUAUUGCCAAGCAGAAACAGGAGGAGGCGGAUAUCAAUUCCGCAUCGGAAGUUAAUUUGUUUUAUAAGUUUUAAGUGUUCGGUCCCCUGGCCCUCUGCCACGGUCAAAUUGUAUUUUAGUUUAGUGUUCCAUGUAUUAUUUGUAGUUUUAGAUCUAAUUGUAUUUAAAUGAGAAAUUGAUAGGAGUCGGAGUCGGAAUCGGAGAGAACAAAAUAGGAAGAAAAGACAGCGAAGAUAAAGUAAGUGGCGGAUCGGAUUGACAAGCUUCCGUAACAUGUAAUGGACAAUUUUAUAUGCCUCGCCAUAUAAGAGAUUAGUCAACACUAAAAUAAACAGCUACUGUCCACGGUGAGAGCUUGCACAGCCGCCACAUCACGCCAAGGGAGAUCAGAAGCUGCAGCAGUUUUUAGGAAAAUCGAACCAAGAAAGAAUAUGAAAGAGAACCACAAGCAAGGCCCAAGAACUGCACUCCAUUUGGAUAGAUACUAAAUAUUUUACUGUUUGAGUUCUUUUUUUGUGUUUUUUUGAUAAAGAGUAUCACAUGUACUGUAUUAAAUGUGUCUUUUAACCAUAAUCGUACGCACUAACAGCUAGCUUCAGAUAUUUUAUUACAUAUUUAUAUACGUACUAACUAGUUAGGCUAUAAAUGUUCUGUGAACCACGCAACAAUUGUAACAAAUACACACACAAAUCCAUUUUACACCCAGA